AUGCGUAAGGCAAAUAUUUUUGCGACUUCACGACCUAUCCCAGAGAUAAUAGAGAAGUUUGAAGGAAAUUUAACACUGCACAUCUAUGCAAAAGAAGAAGAUGUGCGGAGAUAUCUGGACAGUCAAAUGUUCCGGCUUCCGAGAUUUGUUUCUGAAAAUCCAGAACUACAAGUGGAAAUCAAGACUGGAAUCAUUAAUUGGGGAAAGAUCGCCGAAGACGACGCGGGCCACUUUGAAAAGUCUACCGACGGGAUCAGAGGCGUACAACUAGGUAUACGACGAUACGAUGAAACGAAUUGA